GUAGAUAGGUAUAGGUGCAUAAUACGGUAUUAAGUACUUUAGUGAACGUAGUUUUGUUACAUUUAUUGUAUUCUUGCAUAUUGUAUUUGGGCCUUUAUAGAACCACAGCCCUGGAAGAAAUUUAUUUAGAAGAAAACGUUGUCCGGGGCACUUUUAAAACAACGCGUUGAUGGCGUUGUCUCGUGGAUCGUGAUACUUUUCUCAACGCUACCAGCGCUACUCAGAACGGACAAAUCACACCGUCGUUAUGGAACAGAGAAACCUGAGAUUUGGAUUGGUGUCGUUUGACAUUUUGACCGACAUUCUGUCCAACCUAAACAAGAGAAACAAAUCCAACUUGGAGAAUGUUCCAGAGUACUGUGGGUAUCUCAAAGAAAGGAGAAUAGUGGAGUGUGUAUUUCGUCUUUGUGAGGAGCUGGGACUGAACCCUGUGGUUGGAUAUCAGGCCAUCGAAAUACUGGAGAGGUUCAUGGCCAAAUAUAUUGAAGAUCAAAUCCACAGCAGCCAGAAAGGUCAGGACCCAAAGAACUACGAGGAUCUCAUCUUCCAAACACUCAAGAAGAAGCUCUUUCUCUUCAUCCUCUCGAGCGUUCAGAUAGCCAGCAAACUGGACCUGUACUCGAAUGUGGUUAAUAAUGAUAUUGCAAUGAGAUUUCUGCAUGCAGUCAAUUACACUUCCUCCAAAGAGCAACUCUUGGACUCGGAGAUUCUCAUUUUAAAAACUCUCAACUUUAAUUUAAAUGUCCCAAAUCCUGUAACGUACGUGGAGACCCUUUUGGAAGUGCUGGGCCAUAAUGAUGCAACCGUCCCUGUGGCACACCUGCAUCAUCUGUGUGUGCAUGUACUGCAGUUUAUUUACCUGCAGAGGGAGACAAUCUACACCUCAUUGCUCAUAUCUGCCACCGGAUGCCCCAGUCCUUCUGAUGAGCAAAGAGCCAAGUUUGUGUCGGUGACGGAGGAUUUCAUGCUUCUGGGAGUUGGAGUAAUUGCUGUGGCCGCCUUCAUUCAUCAUAUCUCAACAUGGGAAAAGGUAGUGGAGGAGCUGACAGGGAUAACAGGGAUUUCAGGCCAGAGUAUCAUGGACUUUGCGUAUGUCACCCUGACACACAUCACCGGGAACAAAUCCACGUGACGCUUGAAGUCAGAAAUAUAAAGUGUGAGGAACAGAUUAGAGCAAGAGUACAGAGAAAAGAAGACUGGGGAUGGUAACUGUACACAGCAUGAACAUUAUUACUUUCUAUUUUGAUUUCUCUCUCUCUCUCUGAACAAUAUAAAGA